CUAAAACCCCCGAAGGUUGAUUGUGGUUGUAAUGGCGGAUUUCCAGACCUCGACUCACCGAGCCAAGUGGAUAUUCACUCCUCAUGAUCUGGCUGAAAAGUAUAGAGCUGCUACUCAGAGAGCGAUACAAACUCUCGAGAAGUAUGGAGCGACACGCAUGGAAGUAGAUGUCGAUGGUACAUUGCUAUACCGUGAGGCUCAAGUUAAUUCGAAUGGCAAGCAUUCCCAUCCAAAACCACUUAAUAUUGAGGAAGAGCAGUUUUUGAGGAUGUUCUAUGAAAAUAAACUUCGAGAAGUUUGUGGUGCCUUUUACUUUCCACAUAAAGUUCAGGCAACAGCUCUCAUAUACUUCAAAAGGUUCUAUCUACAGUGGUCGGUCAUGGAACAUCACCCAAAGGACAUAAUCUUAACCUGCAUAUAUGCAGCCUGUAAGAUAGAAGAAAAUCAUGUAUCUGCGGAAGAGCUUGGUAAGGGAAUCUCACAGGAUCAUCAAGUCAUUCUCAAUAACGAGAUGCUAGUUCUUCAGAGUUUAGAGUUUGAUCUUAUUGUAUAUGCGCCAUAUCGCUCAAUUGAAGGUUUCACAGAUGAUGUCAGGGAUUUCUGCCAUGCAGAGGAUGACCAGCUUCAAUUGCUAAAGGAAACUGCAAAAGAGGAAGUAGACAAAAUUAUGCUUACUGAUGCACCACUUCUCUUUCCUCCUGGACAGCUGGCAUUGGCGGCUUUGCGUCGUGCUAAUGAGGUGCAUAGAGUUCUUGACUAUGAGAGAUACCUAGAUAACAUGCUUGUACGCCAAAAUUCCAUCCACAGCAGCACAGAGCUCAUUGAACAUCUGAAUGUCAUAGAUUCCUUAGUUGGGACAUAUAAAUUCCCUUCCGAGAAGGAUAUGAAACACAUUAACAGGAAACUGAGAUCUUGUUGGGGCCUUAGUUCACAUGAUGAAAGUAAGAAACGAGACAAGAAAUCAAAGCACAAAUCCAAGCAGAGCGCAGAUUAGAUGCAAGAUGGGUUAUCUCUUGCUUAACAGUAUGUCAUAUGUGUCUGCACAGCUGAAGCAUUGUCAUUAGUGCCACACUGGUCAAAAUAUGCAUCUACUGGGACCGUGGUUGCUGAACUUACUCUUCAAAGCUUGUUUUGCAUCAUGAAAAUACUCCCCAGUAUGGAGGUGACAGGGAAAACUGGCAUCUAGCAAGGUUUAUUUGCAGCUUGAGAGAGCUCUUGCAAUGCAACUGAUUAGGAGUACUGCUGAUUGGUGAAGUUGAGAAUUCACGUGUAUGUUGUGUUUAUCUGUGAUGUAAAUUUGCAGGAAGAGGCAAUCACGUAACACGACAUUGGGCUAGAGAAUGAAAGUUGUGCCUUUUAGAAUUUUCCUCCCUGUACUGGACCAUUAUUUUGUUAGGGGAGUUGCAAACUAUAAUUCCUGGGGAAGCUCUUCAGGAAUCUGUAUCUUUAGUGACUUUUCUCUUGUUUAUUGAAAUGAAUUCACA